UCCCCUCAUUCAAAAUGGCUACAUGUUCAGAGUCUUUUGUCGGAGAAGAGCUGGAGCCUACUCUCUCUAAUGUACUGGAGCAGUCUUCAUUGAAAUGGAUAUUUGUGGGUGGCAAAGGAGGCGUUGGGAAAACGACGUGUAGUUGUAGUUUGGCAGUCCUGCUCUCAAGAAUAAGAGAGAGUGUCCUCCUAAUAUCGACUGAUCCUGCUCAUAAUCUCUCGGACGCUUUUGAUCAAAAAUUCUCGAAAUUCCCAACUCAAGUUCAAGGCUACCGGAACCUCUUUGCAAUGGAAAUUGAUCCUGAAGUGAUGGAUAAGAAUGAGAUUGAAGAUGGAAUAAGUCAAGCUGAAGGUGGUAUAACUGGUUUAGCAAAAGAGCUACUGGAGGAUCUGGCUGGCUCUUUGCCAGGAAUUGAUGAGGCUAAGAGUUUUAUACAAGUCAUGAGUCUUGUGAAGGAGCUACGAUUUUCUGUCGUUGUUUUCGACACUGCACCCACUGGCCAUACACUCAGAUUUCUCUCAAUGCCACAGAUGUUUGAGAAAGGUGUCGCCAAAAUAGGAGAGAUUAAAUCGAGUUUUGGACCAAUCAUAAAUCAGUUGAUCCCUGCUAUGGGAAUGGGUGACUCUGAGAGCGUUCAGAGCCGAUUAUCAGAGCAGCUACCAGUAAUACAACAGAUUAACAAAGAAUUCCGAGAUGCAGAGAAGGCAACAUUUGUGUGCGUGUGCAUUCCGGAGUUUCUCUCGGUCUAUGAGACGGAGAGACUCAUACAGGAGCUAACUAAAAUGGACAUUGACGUACACAAUGUUGUAGUGAACCAAGUACUCAUUCCAGACAGAAACGAGAGAGGUGAUAUUGUGUGUAGGAUGUGUGCUGCAAGACAUAAAGUACAGAGCACCUACCUUGAACAAAUUCAUGAAUUGUAUGAGGAUUUUCACAUCGUUGAAUGUCCACUGCUUGAAGGAGAAGUACGAGGUAAAGAAAAACUGGAGGUUUUCAGCAAAUUACUAGUCAAAAAAUAAUUCUACAAACACGACAGAGAAAUGAUUAUUAUUCACAAAAAUAAUAAUAAUAAUAAUAAU